AUGUCGCGCAGAUUUCCACCUUUCUCACCAGUCGGUAUUCCGAGCCGUUUCUUCGAUGACUUCAGAGAUUUGGACUUCGAUCGUCAUUUUGUGCGACCAUAUUGGACUGAGAAAACGCUAGCCGAUGCACACAAAUUCGGUGAAGGCGUUGGCGAUAUAACCGACAACGAAACUGAUUUCUCGAUCACUUUCGAUGUAUCGCAUUUUGCACCCGAAGAACUGAAGGUGAACAUCGACGAUAACGUGUUGGUUGUUGAAGGAAAACACGAAGUGAAAACUGAUAAAUACGGAGAUAUUGAGAGACAUUUCGUUCGACGCAUCAGAUUGCCGAAGAACACAAAA